AUGAGAUUGGCGAAGCUGAUAACUGCCUUGGUUUUUGCCGCGCUCCAACUUGCCCUUCUCAUCAGCUGGGCACAGAAGAUCCAGCCGUAUACAAAGCUUUCCGUGGCAUUGAGCUCAAUAAACUUAGCAGUGGCAAUGGAAACUGUGAUCUUGUCGUGGGUGGAAGAUGAGCGGUCGGUUAGACCGUCAUCACUUCUCGCCAUCUACCUUCUCUUCACAUUACUUUUCGAUGUUGUACAAACGAGAACUUUGUGGUUAUCCAACAAGAACUCCUUGGUUCCUAGUCUUUUUACGGCAAGUGUCGCAGCGAAAACAGUGAUGGUGCUUUUCGAGAGCUUGGGAAAGCAGAAACACCUCAUUGGUUCCUAUCAAGAUCUACCACCAGAGUCAACAAGUGGAAUUGUCAAUCGUUCGUUCAUGUGGUGGCUGAACCGUCUGUUUUUGACUGGUUUUCGAUCUUUGCUUGCUACUAAAAACCUUGAUCAUCUCGACAAGCCCCUAGAGUCCGUGGGAACGGCGCGGAGGGCACUUAGAGCUUGGGCCCUACGCCGGCGUCCCGAGCGCCGCUUCGAAUUUCCAUGGCAAAUGGGCCGAGCUUUCAAGGUUCCAUUUACUCUCACAGUACUUCUACGCUUAUGCUUGACCGGGUUUACCUUCUCACAGCCCUUCUUGAUCACAUCUAUCCUCAACUGGCUUGAUAAGUCUCCUGGUGCGAGCAACGACGGCUAUGGUCUCAUCGGCGCCACAAUUCUAAUAUAUUUGGGAAUGGCCCUCUCAAACCUCAUAUACAACCACAUGUUGUAUCGCUUUGUGACAAUGUUUCGAGGGGCAGCCUCGUUGAUGAUUUACGACCAUGCCUUACACAUCCCCGAUGGUAUCCUAGAAGAUCGGUCUGCCACAAUUACUUUAAUGACUACCGACAUUGACCAGAUCAUCAAUUGUCUAAUCAUUUUGAACGAAUCCUGGGCGCGAACAAUUGAGGUGGGUAUUGGUAUUGCGCUACUUGCUCUUCGUUUAGGGUGGGUUUGCCUGGUGCCACUAGUGAUCGUUCUUGUAUCUGGUGGAGGAAGUAUUUAUAUCUCGAAGCAUAUUGGAGGGCACCAGAAGGUGUGGGUAGAUGCUGUGCAGCAACGCAUAGCGAUCACCCGUUCAAUGCUGGAGCAUAUCCAAACAGUCAAGGAAACCGGGUUAACUCAAACCUUUAUUCGGCUUGUACAGAGGAAAAGAGCCCAAGAAACUCACCAAAUGGCCAAUUUCCGACGGAGUACGGUCUGGAAGAAUAUGAUUCAGAAUCUGCCUUCGGCCUUAGCACCAGCUUUGACCUUCGCUGUCUACGCUGCUCAAGGAAAGGAACUGAAUGUUACUAAGGCAUUCAGCAGUCUGUCCAUCAUAGCUCUUUUAACUAACCCAGCUUCUAAGCUGUUAAGCGCGAUUCCUUCUAUAGCGGCUGGUACGGGAUGUUUUGAUAGAGUUCAGGCAUUUCUUCUGUUGUCAAUCCGUCCUCAAGGCACAGAUGAGAGCUUUUUUGGCGCGAUGGAAGCGGAAUCUGAUGCAUCCCCACGUACCACCGAAAUGCAUUUCCUGACUUCCAAAGGCUCACCGAACAUUACUGACCUUCAAACACCUGUCAUCUCCCUGGAACGCGUCACCAUUCGCCCAUCCCCAUCAGCAAAGAUUAUGUUGAGAGAUGUUAAUUUAGAAAUCCCCGGCGGAGCGAUAGUCAUAAUCCAAGGGCCAGUUGGGUCAGGCAAAUCAACCCUGCUUCGCGCUAUACUUGGCCAAGCAGUCUGUGAGACAGGAUCCAUGACAGUGACUAUUCGACAACCUGCAUUCUGCGCACAAACACCGUGGGUUCCAAGUGGUACCAUCCGCGAUGCAAUCUGUGGAGCUUUCUCCGUAGCUCCAGUGAGAGAGGACACAUUUGAUAGACAGUGGUACGCGGCUGUUCUUCACGCAUGUGCUCUCAAUUCAGACCUGGAUAUUCUUCGCGAUGGAGAUGCUACGCGAAUUGGACACGGAUCUGGCCAUCUGCUGAGUGGUGGUCAAAUGCAUCGGAUCGCUCUUGCUAGAGCGGUAUACGCUCGCAGGAAGAUUUUGCUGUUAGAUGAUGUAUUCAGUGCACUGGACCGCAAAACUAGGACUACUAUCACAGCGCGUCUCUUGGGAGUUGAUGGACUGCUAAGAAGAGAGAAUUCGACAGUGAUUUUGGUGACACAUGAGAUGGAAGAAUUGUCUUAUGCGGAUCGGAUUUAUGUACUUUCGGAUGGAUGUCUACAUCAAAAAGAACCCUGCGAUGGCAAUAUUUACCAAGGAAAUGGGUCUGACCCCGCAGAAGAUGGAGGAUCGAAAGGAUUGCCGGCGCUGGGGAUAGAGGAUAAAGCCACCAUGAUCUCCGAGGCGAAUGAAAUCGAUGAUCUCAGGAGGGCAACAGGGGACUCUGCUAUCUAUACCUACUAUCUGCGCUACGUUGGGUGGACGAACGCUGUGAUAUUUGUUUUCUUCGUGACAGUGAAUGUCUUCUCUAGUACAUACAGUCAAAUUUGGCUUGAGCGAUGGGCCGAUCGUGGUGGAGGCCAAAAGGCACUUUAUGUCACGGUGUAUUUCCUCCUCGCCAUCUGCAAUACCGUCGGGAAUGGUGGUUAUGUUUGGGCUACACUCAUUCUGAUCUCGCCCUCGACAGCCCGCCGGCUCCAUCAUGUCGUACUAGAGACCAUCAUGAUGGCAACGCCUCAAUUUCUAGGCACCGUUGACAUCGGGUCACUACUAAACCGAUUUAGCCAAGAUAUGACCCUGAUAGAAAGCGACUUGCCUAUUGGCAUCUUAAUCACGGUGUCAAGUAAGACCCCUACCAUUCUGCUCAACCUCUGGAAAGAUUUCAUAACCACUAUCGCUCGCCAUUUAACGAUCGUGGUGCUGACGGAUCCAGAUCUCUUUUCGUCAAUUGCCAAUGCUGCAUUGAUUGCAACCGGCUCGACGUACAUGGCAAUAUCUGUCCCUUUUCUGAUUAUCUCCCUCUUUCUCUUACAGCAUUUCUAUCUGAAAACAUCGCGGCAACUUCGUUUACUGGACCUGGAAAGCAGAAGUCCGUUGUACUCCCAUCUUCUUGACACUGUUGAGGGUCUUGCCACAAUCCAGGCAUUUGGCUGGGAGGCAGAUUUUCGAGUCGCUAAUUCAAAAUUGCUGGAUGCUACCCAGCGCACGUAUUAUAUGCUGAAUUGCAUUCAGCGCUGGCUCACCUUAGUCCUGGACCUCAUCGUCGCCGCUGAAGCAAUCAUUGUCAUCAGCUUAGCAGUGUCUUUGAGACAUACAACGAGUGUCGGAUUGCUUGGAGUAUCUGUGAACAGCAUUCUUGCCUUCAAUGGUAACCUUUCAUCUCUCAUAUCGGGUUGGGCGCAGUUGGAAACAUCGCUUGGCUCAAUUCUUCGCGUUAAAGAUUUUGAACUUACAGUGCCACGUGAAAUUUCAACGGAGCAGGGAGAAGUUCCCAUCGACUGGCCGAGUCAGGGAGCUAUUACGAUCUCGGACAUGACUGCCCAAUACAAUUCUGAAGCAGCAGUACUAAGGAAUGUCUCUCUGAAAUGUUUGCCAGGUCAGAAGAUUGGUAUCUACGGACGUACUGGGAGUGGAAAGAGCUCUUUACUGUCGACGUUACUAGGCAUGCUCACCGUGACCCGCGGUUCAAUUAUCAUUGACGACCUUGACCUCGCUACUCUCUCCCCUGACAGAGUCCGCGAAAGUCUGGUCACCAUCUCCCAAACAUCGUUUGUCAUGGUUGGUUGUACAGUCAGAUUCAAUUUAGAUCCCACUGAAUCUCUCUCCGAUGUAGACAUCAUCGCGGCCCUCGACCGAGUUGGGAUCUGGGAUGGUGUGCUACUCGAAAGAGGCGGGCUAGAUGCCGAGAUAAACGACACUCUAUCGUUAUCUCGGGGCGAGCAACAACUGCUCCAACUUGCUCGUGCAAUGCUGAAAAUACAAGCAAGCAACGCUAGGAUCUUGUUGAUUGACGAAGGCACCAGCAGCGUCGAUAUACAAACUGACGCUCGUGUGCAAGACCUUCUGCAACAGGAUCCCUUUUGUACAUGUACAGUCCUUACAGUUGCACAUCGUGUCCACACUCUUUUGAGUUAUGAUCUGAUUAUCGGUCUAGAUCGGGGACAGGUAGUAGAGAUUGAUAGUCCUACCGUUCUGAGUAAUCGGAAAGAUAGCAUCUUUAGCACGCUUCUCAAUAGUGGCAGAUAUUAG